AUGCCCAGCUUGACGAACGGCGACGUGGGUAACAUCGAUACAUUUCUCUUCACCUCAGAAUCCGUUGGUGAGGGUCAUCCAGAUAAAUUAUGCGACCAAAUUAGUGAUGCAAUUCUGGAUGAAUUUCUGCGACAAGAUCCGGAAGCCAAAGUGGCCUGUGAAACUUUUACCAAAACUGGAAUGAUCCUUGUCGGUGGAGAAAUAUCCUCAACGGCUGCUGUUGAUUUGCCCACUGUCAUCCGGAGGGUUGUACGUGGUAUUGGGUACGACGAUCCCAAGAAAGGCUUGGAUUACAAGUCUUGCAAUAUUCUUACGGCGAUCGAACAGCAGAGUCCUGACAUUGCGGAUGGUGUACACAAAGGCCGAAAAGCUGAGGAAAUAGGAGCGGGCGAUCAGGGCUUGAUGUUUGGAUAUGCGACCGACGAAACGGAAGAAUGUAUGCCUUUAACUGUUGUUCUGUCGCACGCCUUGAAUAAACGUCUUGCUACUCUUCGGCGAGAUGGAACACUUCCAUGGGCUGGUCCCGACAGCAAAACACAGGUCACUGUGGAAUAUAAAAAAGAUGGUGGGGCUUGUCGACCUCUGCGAGUUCAUACCAUCGUCAUCUCAGCUCAGCAUGACACACGCGUCACAUUAGAAAAAGUUCGUUUUGACCUGAUGGAAUACGUGAUUCGUGCUGUGAUACCUGAAAAUCUCCUCGACGAACGGACCGUCUAUCACUUAAAUCCCGCUGGACGAUUUGUUGUCGGUGGCCCUCAUGGUGAUGCUGGAUUGACUGGUCGGAAGAUCAUCGUAGAUACCUAUGGUGGAUGGGGUGCUCACGGAGGCGGUGCGUUUUCUGGCAAAGAUUAUUCAAAAGUUGAUCGGUCUGCAGCGUAUGCCGCACGCUGGGUUGCAAAAUCACUGGUCAAAGCUGGUCUUUGUCGACGCGUCCUGGUGCAGCUCUCGUACGCAAUUGGCAUAUCCGAACCAUUGGCCAUCUACGUGGAUAGUUACGGUACGGGCAAGGUGAGCGACCACGAAUUGUUGGAUGUGGUAAAGCGGAACUUUGAUCUUCGUCCCGGAGUGAUCGUCAACGAACUGGAUUUGCGAUACCCUCGUUACUUGCAAACUGCAGUCUACGGUCAUUUCGGUCGUCCAGAAUUCCCAUGGGAGCAGUGCAAGAAGCUUCAAUUGUAA